AUGUUAACAUUUAACAGUAGUAACACAGUCAAGAAUUGUGGUCAAGAUAUUACUGUCACAGACCAGGGACUAGCCUUCAGAUACGUCGACGGUAGAAUACGAGACAUGCCACAACAUCAAGCACGUCCAAUACAACGAAAAGCGCUACCUAUGACAACGCCUACGUCUAGGCCAACUUCAACAACCUCACCAACAACACAAGCAUACAAACCAAUAUACACAACUCAAUCGACAACUUACCCCCGGUCAACUUCCACGACAACAUAUACAACAACACCGUCUACAGAUGUACGAAGAAACAAAAACCAAGCCUUUGGUCUAAUAGCAAUGAUUAGACACGGGAAAACUCGAGAAGAAAUGAUAGCCCAAGGAUAUCCUCAAGCCGAAGUCGAUGAAUUUUUAAGACGCUUUCCUCGACCCAAGAGAGAUCUGGAUGCUUCAGAAGAAGAGACAGCAGAUCUUCAAUUCUCCGAACAUCAUCAACUAGAAACACUACGACAUCUUGCCAGAUCUAUGUGCGCGAUACAACGUCAAAAUGCCCGAUAUCUUCAAAACCUUAUCAGCCAAAAUCCAACUACGUUAAUGAGAAAAUUAUUAAAAAGAAGAAACAUCAUUGCGAGAACUCUAAGUGAAGAUACUAUGGAAAUUGAAAUGUGUACAGCACUGAAACCAGAAGAGUAUGCAUUCAUACCAAACCCAAACCAAUGCUCUAUUCUAGUCGACAUCAAGACACUUAAGAAGACAUACAGCUUGGAUAGAACUACUCAUAUACUUAGUGAGCCACAAAAGACACCAAACCAAACAACAUGUGGACCAACCAUAUUUUUGUCUUUAAACGACACUGUUUAUGAGUAUGAUCGGGCUACCGGGAAACUUUCAACAUCUACAAAUCAAUCAGCAAACUUGGUUAAAGAUGAAAACGAAGAUCAAUCAUUUACCUUCUUGGAUAAUGAAGUCAUAUUCCGAGACUUGAUUGUACAUCAUACAAACACUGAACAAGAAUUACUACUAAGGGAACUAGAAAAGGCUACGGAAAAAAAGACUCACAUCCUUAUACACGACCAAGACGCCAUGCAACAUCACAAUUUGGAAGAACUUUUGGAAUUUGGAUGGAUGGCUACUGUAUGGUACUAUGUAAAAAGAGUAUGGGUUAUAUGGGUGACAUUAGCGGCUAUGUGCGAGACCUAUCAACGUUUCUUCGCCUUUGUAGAAGACCUACGCGGCCGACGACAACCAGCAACGAAUACGAGAACCAGACCAGAAAUAAUCCCUUUAGUCACAUAUAAUACACAAGGCAGCCCCAGCGUCAACAUCAGAAGACAUGGAUCCAACGAAGUAAGAUCAAGCUCGUUAUUAGAAUCAAUACGACCAUCUUAG